ACAGAGCUGGUAGACGACCGUAACCUCCUUGACAAAGUGUCUGACCCUCAGCAGAGCAUCGGGCUGUCCCAGUCUCACAGCUGCAUGGAGUUGUGCACAUUGGCAGACCCUGAGUCCAGUCACAUGACACUGUAUGAGAAGGAAGAGAUUCCACUGGAACCUGGCACAGUCAUGAGGACAAGACAAGAGAUAGAAGACAGACAAAGGUAU